AUGAAAGAUAUUCCAAGGUUUUCAUACAAUGUCAAUAUCGGUAUUCUUGAUAAUGAGAGUGGCACCGUCUAUUCUCCAUCAUCACAAUCAACUGGAUUUUCUUCAUUUUCAAUCAAUUUAAACAGUGAUGAUGGUGGUUUCAAUUCAUCACAACGUCCUAUUGGAUCGAAGAAAGCAAAACUCAAAAGAAAACUUGCCGAAGAAAUCCUUAAUACGUGGCAUCCUCUAUUCUCCCCUCCCCCACUUUCCUUCCAUCGCCUCCCAAUCCUUUCGUCGUCAUCAACGAACAUCUCUGCGACUUUUGUUUCUCCCCCAAAUUUCAUCUUGUGCAACGAAUACAUAUUGGAGAAGAAGAAGAAGAUUCACGACUUCAUAAAAAGAGCUUCUUCCAGACUCGAUCCUCUUUCUCCCUUUGAUUCCUUCCGUCGUUACACAAAGAAUGACUUAUAUGUGUACCUGGAACCUGGCCGUGGAGAUAGACUAUCCUCGUCCCUGAAACAACACAUUCGAAAGCUCUUGAAGGUUCCAAUUCUUGAUUCGUCAAGUAUCAAGUGGGUGCAGCCCAACACUCUUGUUCGGUUCCGUGGAAUGAUACAGGACAUGCUUGGAAAUGAAUUCUAUGCUGGUGCUUACAAGGUUCCAGGACAAAACCAAUUGACUGAAUGUUCUUCUGUGGAGCUCAAGAACCGUUUUCUGGAUCUCACUGGCCAAAAACAGGGAGAAACGUGCAGGGUGGAUGAAGCAGGGCUUAAUGGCUCACCUUCGUUGUCCUGGACUGUUUCUUGGUCAAACAGUUCGGAAGAGGCAACACCAAGGUUCAGUUCAGCAAGGAGGCCAACAAUCUCUGCAACAUUAACUCCUACAACCACUCUGUGAUCACCAGUUAGAACCGAAGAAAACAUGAAUAGCUGAUACAGAGGGUGAGACACCAUCCCUCUUUGCCUGUUCGUUAUCAAAGAAAAUCAAGAAUAAAAUUCUCUCCUCUUGUUCUUUUUUCUUUAAAGCUUAAUAUUUUUAGUACGUUUGAUACAUGAUGCCCACAUCAAGCAAGAGUGGUAAUAUAUUUACUAGGAGCAGAACAAAAGAGAAAACAUGUUUCAAG